CGGCUCCCCCCACCCCCUGGGCCUGCUGUGAGGCUGCGACUGCUGCGCCCGCACGGAUUUGAAACCUUUUUGUGGCGGCGGCGGCGACGGCGGUGGCCGCUCGGAAAGCUUGCACGUAGGGGCGCCAGGCUGAAUUAUGGAAAUGGGAAGCGAAGAAGAAAAAUGGGAGAAGCUGGAUGCGGAAUUUGAUCACUUUGUGGUAGAUAUGAAGCCCUUUGUUCUAAAAUUACCCCAUAGGUCAGAGCGGCAGAGGUGUGCACUUUGGAUUAGAAAACUGUGUGAGCCUUCAGGAACAGGAGCAGGAGUCACAGGCAGGAGGAAUCGGAAUCUGUACGCAAAGCUCUUACUGCACAUGCUCAGGCAAGGGGCUCUCGAGGGCCCUUUCACCCACCGCCCUGAGCCAGGGACGCUGAAAACUUUACCUUCGUACAUGUCCAUCUAUUUUGAUGAACCAAAUCCAGCACAAGCCAAAGGGUCCAGCCCAGAAGGAUUACCAGACUGGGUGAUGGGCGAGCUGGGGAACGGUGAGCACAGAUUCAGCGAGUCACGGACGCUUUCUUCUGGAGAAGAUUGCUCUUUGGUACAGUCGCCGACCCAUGUCCACAGGGAACAAUGCAUUGCAAAGCUCCAAACCAGAUCACAGUCUAUGAGUCCAACCUACAGAGAAGAUGGACAGAUUAUUACCCCAAAGAGUUGUGAAAUUCAUUCGAAGAAAUCUGCUCUUUUUUUGGAUGACAGUGACAUCGAAGCUCGCCUUAAUAGUUGGAAUCUUGGGAUAGAAAAUCCUCGGUACCUGAGACAGAAGCCUAUCCCAGUUACUUUGAUGACUCCCAAAUUCAGCCUGAGAAAAUCCAGCAGUCUCCAGGAUGAUCAGUUACUGUCUCGAAUGCAUGAGAAGGAGUUGGACAUGAAAACAAAAAUGAUGGAAGCUAAAUAUCAUGAAGAGAAACUUAAACUGCAACAGAAACAUGAUGCUGAUGUUCAGAAGAUUUUAGAAAGAAAGAAUAAUGAAAUAGAAGAAAUGAAAACUUUAUACAAAAAGAAACAAAAUGAAAUGGAGGAGACUAUUAGAAAACUUGAAAAGAAAGUUCAGACCCUCAUACGUGAAUGUCAAGUUAUCAGAGAGACCAAAGAUAACCAGAUUGCAGAGUUAAAAAAGAUAUGUGAACAAAGUACAGAAUCUCUGAAUAAUGAUUGGGAAAAAAAGCUCCACAAUGCUGUAGCAGAAAUGGAAAAGGAAAAGUUUGAACUUCAGAGGCGGCACACUGAAAAUAUUCAAGAACUGCUAGAGGACACAAACGCACGUCUGAACAAAAUGGAGGGUGAAUACAUGGCACAAACACAGUCCACAAACCAGAUGAUCAAAGAACUGGAGUCCCGUGUCCAGCAGCUGACUGGAGAAGUAGAGAACAGUAAUAUACAGAAGCAGAAAUUAAUUCAAGAAAAAUUGGAACUUGAGAGAUGUUACCAGAUAACAUGUAAUGAAUUACAAGAAGUAAAGGCAAGGCGCAACACGCUGCAUAAGGAGAAGGAUCAUCUUGUAAAUGAUUAUGAGCAAAACAUGAAGCUGCUACAAACCAAAUACGAUGCCGAUAUGAACCUUCUGAAAAAGGAACAUGCUCUUUCAGCUUCUAAGGCAUCUGGUAUGAUUAAAGAAUUAGAACAGAACAUCUGUCAAUUAAAACAGCAGUUACAGGAAUCAGAACUUCAAAGAAAGCAACAAUUAAAGGAUCAAGAAAAUAAGUUUCAAAUGGAGAAAUGUCACUUAAAACGCACCUAUGAGAAAAAGGUUCAUGACUUGCAGACUGAACUUGAUAAAGAAAAAGAAGAUGCUCAAAAGAAAAUCCAUAAAUUUGAGGAGUCUUUGAAGGAAAAAGAGGGGCAGCUCGCCCGUGUGACUGAGGCUCAGAGGCUGCAGGCACAGCAGGCAGAUGCUGCACUGGAGGAGUUCAAGCGGCAGGUAGAGCUGAACUCGGAGAAGGUCUACGCGGAAAUGAAAGAGCAGAUGGGAAAAGUGGAAGCCGAUCUAACUAGAUCCAAGUCUCUUCGUGAGGAGCAGUCGAAGGAGUUUCUGUGGCAGCUGGAGGACGUCAGGCAAAGAUACGAGCAGCAGAUAGUAGAGCUGAAGCUGGAGCAUGCACAGGAGAAGACGCACCUAUUACAGCAGCACAACGCAGAGAAGGACAGCCUAGUCCGAGGCCACGCACGGGACACUGGAGACCUGCAGAAGCAGCUUCACGCUGCCACUGUGGAGCACGAAAAUCAAAUCCAAGAGCUCAAGAAACGAGAGUCACAGGUUAUUGCUGACAUGGAGGCACAAGUCCACAAGUUGAGAGAAGAGCUGAUCAGCGUGAACUCCCAGCGAAAGCAGCAGCUGGUGGAGCUCGGUCUUCUUCGUGAGGAGAAGCAAAGGGCUGCUCGGGGCCAUGAGGCUGCUGUCAGCAAGCUGCAGGCUGAGUCAGAAAAGAUGAAAACAGAGCUGGAAAAGACUCAUGCCGCCGAGACAGAGAUGACACUGGAAAAGGCCAACAGCAGGCUGAAGCAGAUUGAGAAAGAAUACACUCAGAAGCUUGCCAAAUCCUCACAGAUCAUAGCAGAGCUUCAGACGACCAUCUCCUCUCUGAAAGAGGAGAGCAGCCAGCAGCGGUUCGCUGCAGAAAGGCAGCUCCAGGACGUUGUACAGAAGUUUGAAGAUGAGAAGAAGCAGCUGAUUAGAGAUAAUGACCGAGCAAUCAAGGCUUUACAAGACGAGCUAGAAAAGCGCUCGAAUCAAGCACGAUGUUUGGAGAAAAAACUGCAGCACAAGGAACUGGAAUCACAGGAGCAGAUAACUUACAUACGACAAGAAUAUGAAACAAAAUUUAAAGGGUUGAUGCCAGCAUCUCUAAGACAAGAACUUGAAGACACUAUCUCCUCCCUAAAGUCACAGGUUAACUUUCUGCAGAAGAGGGCAUCCAUCCUUCAAGAGGAGCUGACGACCUACCAGUGCAGAAGGUAACCACAUGAUGAUGUACCUGAGUAACCCAGGAGAGUGGGAUGGAUCUAACCGUCUGGACAGAGCUUUGGAUUUCUUCCCACAGGUUUGAAGAUUUGGAUGUUGUAAAGUAAACUGUGAGAUCAAUGGCAUUUUUUAAUACUUAAAUAUAAUUAAGAUCAUAAAAACAUGCAUCACUCAUACACUAACGGGGUGGUUUUAUUUGUGUCUGCCUACGUUAUUUUUUUUAACAUUCCUUUAUUUCUGAUUUCCAUAUCUGUGUGCAUCUGAGUGUGUACUGAGAACUGCUUAUAUUGGGAAAAGAAAUGAUUUCUUGCGAUGCCUUGUU